AUGGUCUCCCCCCCUACUAAAAAGCCCUCUGCCGCCCUCGGCUUCCUCGCUGGAGGAAUCGCCGCUUGUGGAGCUGUCACCAUCACCAACCCCGCUGAGGUCAUCAAGACAAGACUGCAGCUGCAAGGAGAAUUGAUGCGCCAGGUCCCAGGCUCCAAGCGGAUCUACACAAACUCGGGCCAAGCAUUCCUCCACAUUGCCAAAUACGAAGGCAUUCGCGGACUCCAGCGUGGACUAGGAUGCGCCUACAUGUACCAAAUCAUGAUGAACGGCACCCGACUUGGCCUCUACGACCCCAUCAAACACACCAUCCACGCCGCUCUUAAAACUGACCCCACCAAAAACAAUAACGUUGUCAAUAUUGCUGCUGGAGGCAUCGGAGGCAUUCUCUCCGCCGCCUUGGCCUCACCACUGUUCCUCGUCAAGACCCGGUUACAAUCUUAUUCUUCUAACGAAGCCUCCAGGGUCGGACAGCAGCACUAUUACAAACACACUGUUGACGCCUUGAGACAUAUUUACAAGACAGAGGGGCUUCGGGGUAUCUACCGAGGUGUCGAUGCCUCCAUGAUGAGAACAGGAGCAGGAUCGGCCGUUCAAUUACCCCUCUACGAUGUUGUCAAACAAAAGAUGAUCACUAUUGGCGGACUCGAGAAUGGUGCCCUUUGCCACGGACUCAGCAGCUUGAUCUCGGGAUUCUUCCUCUGCAUCGUCAUGAACCCCUUUGACAUUAUUUCCACGAGAAUGUUCAACCAGGGUGGCUCGCUUUACAAGAGUCCUGCAGACUGUCUGGUCAAGACCAUCAAGGCCGAGGGCCCCUCGGCCCUUUAUAAGGGAUUCACCGCACAUUAUCUUCGCAUCGGGCCUCACACCAUCUUCACAUUUGUCUUUAUGGAGCAGGUCAAGAAGGUCUUUGAACAAUUUUGA